AGUGGCAUUCGAACUAGACAACAUCGCUCUUGUUUUAGUUCAAUCAAGGUGUUUGAUGCUGUCUGACUGCUUAUAUAUACUAAACAAAAAUAUACAUCGUCCUAUAUUUCAUGAAAUAAAAUAACCCAGAUAUUUUGCUUGAGCAAUGAGCUUUUGUUAUGACGAACCACCUUCUGAAAAUGUUUAUUUUUUUUACACUUCGGAACCAAAUGUACUUCGCAUGGGCAUUUUAAAACCGUUACACUGGUCCCGUCAUGUUUUUUGUCCGUGUGGGUUCAAGCUGGUUGUUAGGAUAGACUGUAUUUUCGUGUGAAAUGGGGAUUAAAUACUGCUAAACAUUCAGCUGUAGUUAUUGUUUUUAUUACAGGGACACGGUGUAGAAUCUUGCCUCUAAACAAUAACAAAACAUAUCUCUUCCUCGUCUUCCUUUGCUGAACGAGACAGGAAUAGUAUUAGCAAGUCCAUGGUGGUUUGUGUGGGUAGGAUAUUACUGCAGUUGUCGAAAGCGAGAUUACAAGUGAAUGCAAACUGAUUGACGGACCGCCGAGUUUAAAUAGACGAUGUCUCUGUCACUUAAAUAAAUUUAGUAGAAAGAUAUUAUGUGAAACAUUAACUGCAUUUAUGUACUGGUAAUUUACAUACUGCCAAUUAGCUUCUAGCUAGUUAACAAUUAGUAACAAUGUUAUUGUUAAAUAGGCGUGCAAUUUUGUACCUUAAAGACAAAGGUUUCAUGAAAAUUGUCCAAGCACUUUGCACUAGUACUACAAAUGGAUACCUUCAAGACUGUGUCUCGGAUAAUGAUAUAAAGAACUUCAUUAAAGAAAACACUGAGAUAGUAAACGAACGCAACUUGACGCCAGAAAUCCGUCUGAGACUGUUCACACCGAACUGUCGGUUUUGGCAUGCCAGACCAGAACUAUGGCCCUUCUCUGACCCAUUCUGGGCAAUCUACUGGCCAGGGGGACAAGCCCUUACCAGGUAUCUCCUGAGUAACCCUGGCGUUUCAAAGGGCAAGAGAGUGUUAGAUCUAGGGUGUGGCUGUGGAGCUUCAGCUAUUGCUGCCAAGUUCUGCGGUGCUGCUCAUGUUGUGGCAAAUGACAUUGACCCAGUUGCAGGCAUCGCGACCCAACUGAACUGUGAGCUGAAUGGUCUAGAAACAGUUAUGUUUGAGAAGGAGAACAUAAUUGGUUCAGAGCCAGGUGGAUAUGACCUCAUCCUCCUGGGAGACAUGUUCUAUGAGGAGGCAUUAGCGGACAGCCUCCACAACUGGUUGAACCACUGCAUCCAGACUUAUGGGACCCAGGUUCUGAUUGGGGACCCAGGGCGGGCUUCUUUUGAAGGACAUGGCAUCAGGAGACUUCUGCGUCAGGAGGCUCAGUUUGAACUGCCUGAAGCUGUUAGAGAGGAGAACUACGGACUCACUUGUACCACGGUGUGGCGCUACCUGCCAGGACUCUGACACACACACACACACACUCUGAAAGUCUUGUUCACACUGGCAUUUUGAAGUGAGCCAUCUCACAUUUCUCUGGUAUCCAAUUGCUAAAUUUCCUUGCAUCUGCCAAAAAGCUGUGAAUCGGUUAAUUUCAUGUCAUUUUUCAAGACUUUGUAUGGUUUAAAAACAGAUUCCUGGCCAUGCAAUUUGUCUGAAGAGUCAAAUAUAUAUUGUCCCUCAACGGUUAGGGCUGCCUCAAAUGAUUGGUACCCUAAACAUUUUGACCAGUAGGGCUCACACAAUGACCAAAAAAACUAAGCCAAUUUACUUACACAAUAACUAGGUUUUGAAGCAUGAAUUUAAUGUUUUAGGUGAGUUACUACAUUUUGCAGACAUGCCAUAGAGGGAUGUGCCAUGAAACAGUUGUGACAAUUCUACUUAAUUUAGAGAAUAAGACUGUUUAAAAAAAUUCUGUUUUUUUGUCUGUCAGGAGAAUGAAACAUUUCUGUAAUUGGACCUUCCAGCAAAACAAGCGCACUGAAAUAAAUAAAAUAUAGGAGCAAGGUUUAAUCCAAGGGAUUUCAACUUGCCAUGAAUUGACUUUAUUUACAAUACACAAUAUGUAAUGCUAUACGUAUAAUUACAGAUUGAUGUAAUGUUAAAUAUAUAAUUACAGACAAUCAGUGCAUUUAUCUUAUUGAUAAAUGCUUCUCAAUAAGAGUUAUAGUCAUGUGAAUUUAAUAUAAUGUAGAGUGAGGGCUCUGUGUGUGGCUGGCCUUCACUGAUAUGGGUUGAAGACUGUUGAAUGGCCUUGUAGUCUUGUAUCUGUGAUUGUUUGGGGUACCAGUGAUUGCCUGGCCUUCUUUGUAGACACCUGUGGUACCAAUGAUUAGACAUUUUGUAUACUCAAUGUGAAGUGAUGUCUUUGUACAUGUGAAUUGAUUCAGACCCGAUGGGUUAACUUACAAAGUAAACAUUGUGCUUUGAGAUUUUUACUUUGUGUUUCACAAAGUAAAAAAAAAAUGCAACGAAGAAUGCCAAUCAUUUGAGAUUAGGGUAUUUGACAAAUCUUGUAAUUGUUUGAUAAACAGUAAGGUCUGUCAGUACCCCUGCACACCCUCUAGAUAACUAAACAUGAAAACUAUACAUGUAUAUUUGUUUUUGCCUUGAAACUUCAUGCAUUCACACUUCAGUGGAUUGAGCUCUGUGAUGGAAAUUCCAAUGUAUCGACACUCGGAGUAAGGAACACAG